CCAUUACGUUAUGCUCUUUUCUACACAUACACAAGGAUGAUAGAAAGAGAAGACGUAAUGGAGUGUUCCUGAGCGUCCUUGCGAUGAAAAUCACUUUAGUAUUCGACAGUAUUCGAGGAAGGGAGUUGCAAUGAAGGCGGGGGCCUCCUCUAUGUGGGCAUCAUGUUGCGGGCUGCUGAACGAGGUGAUGGGCACAGGGGCGGUCCGCACCCAGCAGCCGGGCUUUGGAACCGGAGCCGGGCCGUUCCGCUUCGCCCCCAGCGCUGGUUACUCCACCUACCCACCCAGCAGCACCACCUCAGGAAGCGCAGGCCUGGCGUGCAAAGCCUGCGGACUGGCCUUCUCCGUGUUCAGACGAAAGCACGUUUGCUCAGACUGCAAGAAGAGCUUCUGCUCGCUGUGUUCUGUGCUGCAGGAGAACCUGCGGCGCUGCUCCACCUGCCACCUGCUGUGGGGCACGGCCUUCCAGCGGCCCAUGUUAAUGAGACUCCGCGUUAAAGACCUGCGGCAGUACCUCACGCUGCGAAACAUCAACACGGACACCUGCAGGGAGAAAGAGGACCUGGUGGACCUGGUGCUCUGCCAUCUGGGUGCCGAGCUGGAGAUGGGGGAGGAUGAGGAGGAGGAGGAAGAGGAGGCGGAAGCGGAUACGGACAGUCUGCCCUCACUUCCGCGCUCGCUCUCCACGCCGACCGCCUCCGCAGCACGAUCCUCCUCCCAGCAGUCGGCGCUGUCUGUCGCCGCGUCUCAGGGAGAGGCUCUCAGUCGCAGCGAUAGCUCAGGGACAACCAAUCAGGACCAUGGAGAUGCUACAUCAGUUUCCCUCCUCAACCUGGAGCCUCACGACGACAUACUGGAGGCCAGCCCAGCGACGCAGAGGCGAGCACGUGCCUCCCUCUCGGAUCUGUCCCGCGAGGACGACAUCAAGAGCCUGACAGUGCGGCAGCUGAAGGAGAUUCUCGCCCGCAACUUCGUCAACUAUUCAGGCUGCUGUGAGAAAUGGGAGCUGGUGGAGCGCGUCCAUCGUCUCUACAGAGAGAACCAACUCAACAGAAGAUCGAUGGAAAAUGUUAGCAACAGCCUAGCUGCAGUCAUAGCUUACCCUCCUCCUAUAUGCAAUGGAGGUAUUGGAGAUGGUGUGCAAGUAGCUCAGCUGGGCGGCGUUGAUGAGAACCUGUGCCGUAUCUGCAUGGAUGCCGUGAUAGACUGCGUUCUGCUGGAGUGCGGUCACAUGGUCACCUGCACCAAGUGCGGCAAGAGGAUGAGCGAGUGCCCCAUCUGCAGGCAGUACGUGGUGCGGGCAGUGCACGUCUUCAAGUCUUAACGGGUGAGCUUCACCUCUACUGGAUAGCCAACACACCAGAUGCUUCCUGCUGGACCGAGCAGGCUGGGGCCACGACUGGACCAAUGAACUGCCCCUUUAGAUUCAAAGUGGUGGAAACCUGUACUGCGCACACCUUCUUUACAGAGCGAGCAUUUCCUGCUGCCCAUUUUUAUUUGGUCAUUCAUUGACACGUUUGAAAUCAUUUCUGCGGUUACUGACCCAGGGAAGGUUUAGAGGAAUAACGUAUAAAAAAUAUGAAAGUUUAAGUGGUUUACAGUACAUUCCUGUAAACUUUUUGGAAAUGUUUUAUUGUAUGUGCAAUAUUAGAAAUCUUUACGUGUGCGUGUAGAGAAACCGAUUGCCAUUAAGAUGCAUGUUGUCGUAGCAGCAGUUAAGACCAUUGGCGUGAAGGGGGAACGUACUGUAGGUGCCAAAGUAGAAAUGUGCAGAACGGCUUCUGGAUUAUAUUAUUAAUAAGCGUGUUAUUUUCAUGUAUUAAAUCAGCUAUUGCCAUACCACAAAUCAGCAUCCAUGACACCGGAUCAAAUGACCAGCUAGCAGAAGGGUUAUUUAUAGCAAGAUUAUAGAAACUGUAUCGUAUUUUUUCACAGAGUCACUGGAAUCCAGCAUCUGCCGCUAUGUAGCUUAUUACUGGAACCUCAAUUACUUUUUUCAAAUUUUGCAGUAUCUGUCGAACGUCAGGUGUGUGGUUGGUUUGUCUCCAUUGUGCUGCAUAUACAAGUUACUUAAAGGUGUGCUAAGUCAUUUUUGAUUAAUUAAAAGUGUCAGAUGAUUGGGUGGUUACCAGGGCAAAGGAAGUUAGGCUGGUCAUGUGAUCUCAACGGUAAGGAAGUCUCACCUUUGUAGAUCAAAACCUUUUUUGGAGUCUCACAUGAGUGUACAAUAUUAAAACAUUUGUCAAAGCAAUAUUUAUUGGUAUAGAAGUUGGUAAAAAAAAAUUCUCAGUGCACCUUUAAGCCUUGGUAGGUUUCACUUGCAAAAUAUUCGGUUUUUAUAGUGGGUCAAAAAGACCAUUUUGAGUUUGAUGUUCUUCAUCUCCAGCGAUACCAUGAAAGACGUCUGUUUUUUGGUGAGUUGUGUUGUACCACAUUUACAUGACAUAAGAGAUUUCCACAAGCGGUGCUACAUGGAUUUACGUAUCACAGUACUUGCACAGUACAUGCCCUUUGUUGCUGUGAAUUCUGUAGUCAAAUACAAGUUAUUAGGUCUGUGGUAUUGGCUAGACAAACAAAUAUAAAGGAACAUUUAAUCAAUUAAACAUAAAUGAUUUUAUAUACAUGUGAAAAAAGUUGUACGCAAAGUAUAUGGAUAUAUUUUCCUCUGUUGUCCAGUUUUUCUUGCACUUUCUUUUAAAUGUUUCGUCCCCCUUCAGCGUUCCAGUUUUUCCUUGAAUGUAAACAACAUUUAUUUAGUUGUUUAUAUUUUAAAUCAGUCACAAAUAAUUCUAUAGUAGAAUUGAUUACAUUCUGGUGUCACAUCCAUGUAUUUCUAUAAUCAGACUAUUUUUAAUUUGCUUCUAGAACAUCUCCACACCCGUCUGCCCAACACUGACACUGUGCUUAUGUGUAUGUUUCUAAUGCUGCUAUCUCUAAAAGAUGUCACUUGGUAGUAGGCAACUACUCUAGC